GAGGACCGGAAGUCUUGUCUUGUGUUUUGUAGUUUGCCAAGCAGCUAGCUUAGAGAUCAACUAUCACGGUAGCAGCGAAAGGCCUUAUUGUAUUCCGUUAGCGUCGUUUUCGAAAUAUAUUUUUCUUCCUGUUACAACCAUGGAACCCAGCGAUGCAGGGCGAGGAGGAUGGAAGUCCAAGCUUAUCCAGCCACAGAAAAGCAAGAUGAACAUGAAUAUUCUCCGUCAAGAGAAGCUGAUAGCUCAGAAGAAGAAGGAGAUUGAGGCCAGGAUGGCAGAGCAAGCUAAAAUUAAUGUGCAAACACCAAACAAACCCCUGCCUCCAAGUUCUCCCAUGCUGCAAGGAGCUUCGUCAAACAAGUUUGCAAAUGAUGGAAGCUUCUUACAGCAGUUCAUGAGGAUGCAGAAGGAUAAAUCCAACAAUGGGUCUGGUUCCAACAGUGAUGCCAAAUCUCCCACAACAUCGACUGCAUCGCCAGGAGGAAAUGCGCUGCAGAAAAAGAGCAUUCUUGUUGGCAAGCGGCCUGGCCUUGGAGUCAGUAGCAUGCUUAGUCAGUUCAAGAACUACUCACAAACCAAGAAGAAUCCUGUUCUCAGCCAGAGGCCAAGUGUUUUUUGUUCUCCAGAUGAUGAAGAUGAUGAUGAAGAGACUGAUUACUCCAGAUUCUUAGAGAUGAAAGUCUCUCCCCCAGAGGAUUCAGACACCAGACUCAUUAUCGACAAGAUGGCCUCUUUUGUGGCGGAAGGAGGAGCUGAGCUUGAGAGAAAGGCCAUGGAGGACUACAAGGAUAAUCCUGUUUUCACGUUUUUAUAUGAUAAGAGCAGCAUGGAGUAUCUGUACUACAAACACAGAGUUGCGGUUUUGAGAAAGGAUAUGAUAAGACCUGAGAGUUCGUCAGAUAAUGUCUCCCCCCCAGUGGAUGCGGAAACCCAGCAAGUGGCUGAGGAGCUGGCCAGGUUUGUGGCGGAGGGUGGCCCCGAGAUGGAAGCCAUCGCUACUGAGCGCUACAGAGACAACCCUGCCUUCAGUUUUCUAUGUGACAACCAAAAUCCAGCCCACCGCUUCUACAAAGUGAAAGUACAGGAGUUUCGUGCUGCAGCCUCCCAAAGCUCUUCACCUCCAGCAGCAGAGUCGGGGACAGACCUUCAGCAACCAGCUGCUCCGGUGCUAUCAGGAAUCCCUCCACCGCUGAACCCUGCCUCUCUGCCCCAAAGUCAGGGGGCUGGAACUCCGCCCGUCAAACGAAAGAGAAAAAGCAGAUGGGGGUCUGAAGAUGACAAAGUCGAGUUGCCCAUUCCUCCAAUCAUUAUUCCUCCAGAGAUGAAUGUUCCAGACCCUAACACACCCUCUCUCUCUGCCCAAGAGCUGAGAGGUCUUGGUUAUAAGAAGGGGAAGCCUCUUGGUCUGGUUGGAGUGACAGAACUAUCAGAGGACCAGAAGAAACAAAUCAAAGAACAACAAGAGAUGCAAGAGAUGUACGACAUGAUCAUGAAACACAAGCGUGCGAUGGCAGAGAUGCAGGUGAUGUGGGAGAAGGCCAUAAGGGACCACCAGCAUGAAUAUGACAGUGAUGAAGAAGUUGACCAGCAGGCAGGAACCUGGGAGCAUCGUCUCCGAAAGAUGGAAAUGGAAAAGACCCGUGAGUGGGCAGAGUCUCUGACAGAAAUGGGUAAAGGGAAACAUUUUAUAGGUGACUUCCUGCCGCCUGAAGAGCUGGAAAAGUUCAUGGAGACCUUCAAGGCACUCAAGGAGGGCCGGGACCCCGACUACUCAGAAUAUAAAGAGUUUAAGUUGACGGUGGAGAAUCUUGGUUUCCGAAUGCUUAUGAAGAUGGGCUGGAAGGAGGGUGAAGGCCUUGGCAGUGAUGGACAGGGCAUCAAGGCUCCUGUCAACAAGGGAGUGACUGCUUCUAACGGAGCAGGGUUUGGAAUUGAACGUCCAGCCGAGCUCGCAAAAAAUGACGACGAGUAUGAUGCUUACAGAAAGAGGAUGAUGCUGGCUUACCGCUUCAGGCCCAACCCACUGAAUAAUCCACGGAGACCAUAUUACUGAUUUAGAGGACUGUUUUUGUUUUUACUUGUUCAUCAUAACUUAAAAGCUGCUUCCUGCAGCUGCCACAGCUCUGCUCGUUUGUGAAAUGGACACUGUUGCACAAUAGACAUUUUUAAAUUUGAACUGUGUGACAAGUAGGAUGACUGGUAGAUUCUCCGUUACAUUUUAAGUUUAAUUUGAGUAACAAAAUGAAAUAAUGGAUCACCUGUUUUGUCACAUUUUGUUUAAUACUGUAAUAACUUAAAAAUAUACAGACUUGCAUUGCCUGAAUUCCAGAAUGAUUUCACUCAAGUUUGUUUUACCAUUUUGUUCCCCUUUUUAGAGCUUGACUCGACAUUGUAUCACCAACUAUAUAACACGGUUCUUUAUUAGUACACAGUCUUGUGUAUAUUUUUUCAUUGGGUAAUUUUACUCACUGUGAUAAAACUGACUUUUGAUCCCUGUCAUUAAAUGCUUCAGUGUUCACAAUAAAAAAUGUCCACUUGUAUGUCUUA